AUGUCGUCCUAUCGUGCUGUCCAAGUUGUAAAGUUGACUAAGGACUUCCGCGCCGCUACCAGAAUCGUGAGUGUCCCCGAACUACCCACCGCUGGGCCCGACAGCAUCGUUGUUAAGAACCGCUUCUUGGGAAUUAACUCGACCGACGUCAAUCUUACGAAUGGCAUGUAUCAUGACAAGCUGCCGUUUCUCGCGGGCGUUGAAGGUGCAGGUCUCGUCACUGAGGUCGGGAGUAACGUCACGACUGUGAAAGUGGGCGACGCUGUCAUGUACCAGACGCUGGGAGCCUAUGCGGACUACGUACAAGUGCCCGUGUCGGCCGCCAUCAAGAUCCCAGAGCUGUCGAAGAACGCUCUACCGGUUGCAGUGGGCGGCGUCUCUGCGUCCAUCUGCCUUGAAUGUCUCGGUGAGAUGAAGUCGAAUGAGACCGUUCUUGUGACUGCUGCUGCUGGGGGAACCGGACAGUUUGUCGUACAGCUCGCCAAACUUGCUGGCAACCAUGUUAUCGGCACUACCAGCUCUGACGAGAAAGUGGAGGCUUUGACGAAACUGGGCUGCGACCGUGUAAUAAAUUACAACAAGGAGAAUGUCGGCGAUGUGCUAAAGAAGGAGUAUCCGAAUGGAGUAGACAUCGUUUUCGAGUCCAUUGGAGGCGACAUGUUCCGUGCUGCUGUCGAUAACAUUGCAGUCCGUGGUCGUAUCAUCAAGAUUGGCUUCAUCUCGCGAAAGAUUCUGAUGAAGUCUGCUUCCAUCCGAGGGCUCUUCAUGUAUCACUUUGAGGAACACAUUCGAGAGCACACGGAGCGAUUGCUGAAGCUCAUUAGCGAGGGCACGUUGAAGCCUGGCGUUGACCCCACUACGUACAAGAAAUUCGAGUCCAUUCCGAAUGCAAUCGACCGCAUGUUCGCCCGUGAAAAUGUAGGCAAACUCAUCGUAGAGCUCGAGUAG